AUGGCAGGUGCUGGCUGCCAGUUCGAGGAAGGUGCGCGCGCACUCACGACCGUCGAUAACCACCCCAAAGUGCAAGCAAUGGCAAUGAUUGAAACCCUCAUCAACCCCGGAGCUACGGAGUGCUACGGAGUGCUACGGAGUGCUACGGAGUGCUACGUACGAGCUAGCCAGCUGAAAAUCCAAGCUGAAAGUCCAAGCUGA